GGGCCUCUGUUACUAGUGAGGGGAAGAUGGCGGCCGCAACUGUGGUGGUUCCCGCAGAGUGGAUAAAGAACUGGGAGAAAUCAGGGAGAAGCGAAUUUUUGCAUUUAUGCCGGAUUCUCAGUGAAAAUAAAAGCCAUGAUAGUUCGACUUAUAGAGAUUUCCAGCAAGCUCUCUAUGAGUUGUCAUACCAUGUCAUUAAAGGAAAUCUAAAGCACGAACAGGCAUCUAAUGUUCUUAAUGACAUUAGUGAAUUUCGUGAGGAUAUGCCUUCCAUUCUUGCUGAUGUAUUCUGCAUAUUAGAUAUUGAGACAAAUUGUUUAGAAGAAAAAAGCAAGAGAGACUAUUUUACACAGUUGGUAUUAGCAUGUUUGUAUUUAGUUUCAGACACAGUUCUAAAGGAACGCCUGGAUCCAGAAACAUUGGAAUCAUUAGGGCUUAUCAAACAAUCACAGCAAUUCAAUCAAAAGUCUGUUAAAAUCAAGACAAAACUUUUUUAUAAGCAACAAAAAUUCAAUUUGUUAAGAGAAGAAAAUGAAGGUUAUGCCAAGCUGAUUGCUGAAUUGGGGCAAGAUUUAUCUGGAAAUAUUACUAGUGAUUUAAUCUUAGAAAAUAUCAAAUCUUUAAUAGGAUGCUUUAAUCUGGAUCCCAAUAGAGUUUUGGAUGUCAUUUUAGAAGUGUUUGAAUGCAGGCCAGAACACGAUGACUUCUUUAUAUCUUUAUUAGAAUCUUACAUGAGUAUGUGUGAACCGCAAACACUGUGUCAUAUUCUUGGGUUCAAAUUCAAGUUUUACCAGGAACCAAAUGGGGAGACUCCAUCAUCUUUAUACAGAGUUGCAGCAGUACUUCUGCAAUUUAAUCUUAUUGAUUUAGAUGAUCUUUAUGUACAUCUUCUUCCAGCUGAUAAUUGCAUUAUGGAUGAACACAAACGAGAAAUUGUGGAAGCUAAGCAAAUCGUUAGAAAACUUACGAUGGUUGUGUUGUCUUCUGAAAAAAUUGAUGAGCGAGAGAAAGAAAAGGAAAAAGAAGAGGACAAAGUAGAUAAGCCACCUGACAACCAAAAACUUGGUUUGUUGGAAGCCUUAUUAAAGAUUGGCGAUUGGCAGCAUGCACAGAACAUUAUGGAUCAGAUGCCUCCGUACUAUGCAGCUUCACAUAAACUAAUAGCCCUUGCUAUUUGCAAGCUAAUCCAUAUCACUAUUGAGCCUCUUUACAGAAGAGUUGGCGUUCCUAAAGGUGCUAAAGGCUCACCUGUUAAUGCUUUGCAAAACAAGAAAGCACCAAAGCAGGCAGAAACUUUUGAAGAUUUGAGGAGAGACGUAUUCAAUAUGUUCUGUUACCUCGGUCCCCACCUUUCUCACGAUCCCAUUUUAUUUGCAAAAGUGGUGCGCAUAGGCAAGUCAUUUAUGAAGGAGUUUCAGUCUGAUGGAAGCAAACAAGAAGAUAAAGAGAAAACGGAAGUUAUCCUUAGCUGUUUGCUUAGCAUUACUGACCAGGUACUACUUCCAUCUCUUUCUUUGAUGGACUGCAAUGCUUGUAUGUCUGAGGAACUAUGGGGGAUGUUUAAAACAUUUCCCUAUCAGCAUAGAUAUCAUCUGUAUGGCCAGUGGAAGAAUGAAACUUAUAACAGUCACCCACUUUUAGUAAAAGUUAAAGCUCAAACAAUAGACAGAGCCAAAUAUAUCAUGAAGCGUUUAACCAAGGAAAAUGUGAAGCCUUCAGGAAGACAAAUUGGGAAGUUGAGCCACAGCAAUCCAACCAUUUUGUUUGAUUAUAUCUUGUCACAAAUACAGAAAUAUGAUAAUUUAAUAACACCUGUAGUUGAUUCAUUGAAAUACCUCACGUCAUUGAAUUAUGAUGUCUUGGCCUAUUGUAUCAUUGAAGCUUUGGCUAAUCCAGAAAAGGAGAGAAUGAAACAUGAUGACACAACCAUCUCAAGCUGGCUUCAGAGUCUGGCUAGUUUCUGUGGUGCAGUUUUUCGUAAAUAUCCAAUUGAUCUUGCUGGUCUCCUUCAGUAUGUGGCCAAUCAACUCAAAGCAGGCAAAAGUUUUGACCUGCUUAUAUUAAAAGAAGUGGUACAAAAAAUGGCAGGAAUAGAAAUUACAGAGGAAAUGACAAUGGAGCAACUAGAAGCCAUGACUGGUGGGGAGCAGCUAAAAGCUGAGGGUGGUUAUUUUGGCCAGAUUAGAAACACUAAAAAAUCCUCUCAGAGAUUAAAGGAUGCAUUAUUGGACCAUGAUCUUGCUCUUCCUCUCUGUUUGCUUAUGGCUCAGCAGAGGAAUGGGGUAAUCUUUCAGGAAGGCGGAGAGAAACAUUUGAAACUUGUGGGAAAGCUCUAUGACCAGUGUCAUGAUACCCUGGUACAAUUUGGUGGGUUUUUAGCAUCAAAUCUAAGCACAGAAGAUUAUAUAAAGCGAGUGCCUUCAAUUGAUGUGCUCUGUAAUGAAUUCCAUACACCCCAUGAUGCAGCAUUUUUUCUGUCUAGGCCAAUGUAUGCGCAUCAUAUUUCGUCAAAAUAUGAUGAACUUAAAAAAUCAGAAAAGGGAAGUAAACAGCAGCAUAAAGUUCAUAAGUACAUUACGUCAUGUGAGAUGGUGAUGGCUCCUGUCCAUGAAGCAGUGGUCUCCUUACAUGUUUCCAAAGUCUGGGAUGACAUCAGCCCACAAUUCUAUGCCACAUUCUGGUCAUUGACAAUGUAUGACCUUGCUGUUCCACAUACCAGCUAUGAACGAGAAGUCAAUAAGCUAAAAGUCCAGAUGAAAGCAAUUGAUGACAAUCAGGAAAUGCCUCCAAAUAAAAAGAAAAAAGAGAAGGAGCGUUGUACUGCUCUUCAAGACAAACUUCUUGAAGAAGAAAAGAAACAGAUGGAACAUGUACAGAGAGUUCUACAGAGACUGAAAUUGGAAAAGGACAACUGGCUUUUAGCAAAAUCUACCAAAAAUGAGACCAUCACAAAAUUUCUACAGCUGUGUAUAUUUCCUCGAUGUAUUUUUUCAGCAAUUGAUGCUGUUUACUGUGCUCGUUUUGUUGAAUUGGUACAUCAACAGAAAACUCCAAAUUUUUCCACACUUCUUUGCUAUGAUCGAGUUUUCUCUGACAUCAUUUACACAGUUGCAAGCUGUACUGAAAAUGAAGCUAGUCGAUAUGGGAGAUUUCUUUGCUGCAUGUUAGAGACUGUGACCAGGUGGCAUAGUGAUAGAGCCACAUAUGAAAAGGAAUGUGGAAACUACCCAGGAUUCCUUACCAUAUUACGGGCAACUGGAUUUGAUGGUGGAAAUAAAGCUGAUCAAUUAGAUUAUGAAAAUUUUCGGCAUGUUGUACAUAAAUGGCAUUACAAACUAACCAAGGCAUCGGUACAUUGCCUUGAAACGGGCGAAUAUACUCACAUCAGGAAUAUCUUGAUUGUGCUAACAAAAAUACUUCCUUGGUAUCCAAAAGUUUUGAAUCUGGGUCAGGCUUUGGAAAGAAGAGUGCAUAAAAUCUGCCAAGAAGAAAAAGAGAAGAGGCCAGAUCUAUAUGCAUUGGCUAUGGGCUACUCUGGGCAGUUGAAAAGUAAAAAGUCAUACAUGAUACCUGAAAAUGAGUUUCAUCACAAAGACCCCCCUCCGAGGAAUGCUGUGGCCAGUGUACAAAAUGGGCCUGGUGGUGGGCCUUCUUCAUCAUCGAUAGGAAGUGCAUCUAAAUCAGAUGAAAGCAGUACUGAGGAGACUGAUAAAUCAAGGGAGAGAUCUCAGUGUGGUGUGAAAGCUGUUAAUAAAGCUUCUAGUGCCACACCAAAAGGGAAUUCAAGCAAUGGAAAUAGUGGCUCAAACAGCAGCAAAGCUGUUAAAGAAAAUGACAAAGAAAAAGGCAAAGACAAAGAAAAAGAGAAAAAAGAAAAGACUCCAGCUACUACUCCAGAGGCCAGGGUACUUGGUAAAGAUGGUAAAGAAAAACCAAAGGAAGAGCGGCCAAAUAAAGAUGAAAAAGCAAGAGAGACCAAGGAAAGAACGCCUAAGUCUGACAAAGAAAAAGAAAAAUUCAAGAAGGAAGAAAAAACUAAAGAUGAGAAAUUCAAGACGACUGUUCCCAUCGUAGAAUCAAAAUCGACUCAAGAAAGGGAAAGAGAGAAGGAGCCAUCCAGAGAAAGAGAUAUAGCAAAGGAAAUGAAAUCAAAGGAAAAUGUUAAAGGAGGAGAAAAAACAACAGUUUCUGGGUCCUUGAAGUCACCUGUUCCCCGAUCAGAUAUUGCAGAGCCUGAAAGGGAACAAAAACGCCGCAAAAUUGAUACCCACCCUUCUCCGUCACAUUCCUCCACAGUAAAGGACAGUCUCAUCGAACUCAAGGAGUCUUCCGCAAAGCUCUACAUUAAUCAUACUCCUCCACCACUGUCCAAGAGUAAGGAGAGAGAAAUGGACAAGAAAGAUUUGGACAAGUCAAGGGAAAGAUCCAGAGAAAGAGAGAAAAAAGAUGAAAAGGACAGGAAAGAGCGGAAAAGGGAUCACUCAAACAAUGACCGGGAAGUUCCACCAGACUUAACCAAGAGGCGGAAAGAGGAAAAUGGAACAAUGGGGGUUUCAAAACACAAAAGUGAAAGCCCAUGUGAGUCUCCUUAUCCAAAUGAGAAAGACAAGGAAAAAAAUAAGUCAAAAUCUUCAGGCAAAGAAAAAGGCGGUGGUGAUUCAUUUAAAUCUGAGAAGAUGGAUAAAAUCUCUUCUGGUGGCAAGAAGGAAUCCAGGCAUGAUAAAGAAAAGAUAGAAAAGAAAGAGAAAAGGGACAGUUCUGGAGGAAAGGAAGAGAAGAAACAUCAUAAGUCCUCGGACAAGCACAGAUAAUGAAGACUUUCAGCCAAGGUGAGAUUGGAAUGAAAUUGUUCAUCUGUGACCAGAAAUUUAUUUUCCUGAGUAGAUUGCCGAGAAUUAUGAAUGAAGAGGGCCCAUUUGCAUCUCCUUAAAUUAUUCAGUUAUCUGCUUUAUUGCUCCAUGUGGAAAACCUAAAAUUGUUGAGUUGUGCAUUACUGUAUUUUUAACUUGUUGCUUAAUUUCUACAUGUUUAUUUUCAGUAAUGGCUGAAAGUGUUGAUUGUUCCAUAUUUUUAGCACAAUGUGCUGCAUACACUUCCCAACAAGCAAAUAAGGUUACAUGUGUACAGAAUUUCACUUUUGGUUAACUAAAUAUUGCCUGAGUUUAGUCUCCCCCUCCCCCAUUUUAAAUGCUUCCUUUUUACUGUUUGAAACUGAAAAUAAACAAUUAUUGAACCAUUUUGAAUUUACCUCAUUUUAAAGCUCGGUUUUAAUUUAUUAUUUGGCCUGUUUUUAAUAUUACUUACUUAAAUUGGAAGGAGUGUCUUUAUGCAAUGCCUAGGAAUCAUUUUAUAUAGAACAUGUACAUUAAAACCUGUUUAAAAAAGAAAAAGAUAACAGCGCUCACUUGUCCCUUGCCAUUUUUUCCUUGUAUUUACAAAAAUCUUGGGGGGGGGGGGUUGUCAAAAGUUAAUUGUGUUUUAAUUCUACAGCUAUAGGAGCUUUGUAUUGCUGAACUUUCAUCUGGAAAAGUUUCACAGUGACAUUUUUAAAAGAGAAUUUUUUAAUCUACUGAAUUCUACCAGUGUAAACUUUUUUUCUAAAUAAAAAAUAGUUUUCUCAAAUGAUUGUA